AGCCAACACCAGCAAUCGAACUGUUUGAAAUAAGAACCAAAAAAAGCACUCAAUCACUAUUCGACCAAGGUAUCAUGGUGGAAUCGUCUGAAUCUUGGAGAAACCGUCGACGAAACGAUUUCGAAAACGCCAAAGCGCAAUGCCUCGGAAAACGUGACAAGAGUUUCGCCGGUCGCAUCGACCCGAAAGCAGUCGAUGCGUGCGGCAUCAUCAACGAGCGCGAAGAAAUGUAUACGACCUCGUCCUGUGCCGGUCGCUGCUUCAUGUACCGGGGACCAGGAAUCAAGGCAUCUACGGAGUUCAAACGGUUUCGAAUCUCACACGGUAAAAUUUUGGACCCAGAUCGGUAUUUCGAUUUGACGACCAUCGAAGAGGAUCCCUCAGGAGGAGGGGAUCCAAUCCGCACAAUUGGUCAAUACGACUACAAAACUACGAAUGGCGAAGCUGAUAAUGACAAUGAAGAAGAAAACACAGAAAGCAUUGAAACCAAUGGUCAGAUCGAUCGCAACAAUGGUGCCGAAUCGUUGUCUAAUGAUCCCACCGAUCAAACGAUAUGGCUCCGGUUUGAGCCCUUCAUUUUGCACGUCGCAUGUCGAUCACUCUCGGCUGCCCAUCAUCUCAUGGCUACUGCUCGUCCGGCAUUUAAGAACGUGGGCUUGACCCAUUGGAAAGAACGCCGGUAUUUAGUGGCCAUCUGGGGCGACGAGGGACUCGAAAUGCCCAUGUGUACUCCAGAGGGUCCGAAUGCGCCGUUGUAUAGACCACAAAUGUCACAGUGGUUGUCAGAACUAGUCAACGAGCGACAAACACGAAACUGGAACAAAAUUGAACGAUUUUGUAACAGUUUGCGAGAAAUGGGACCCGUAACCGAUGAUUCAGAGGAAGAGCAUGCACUGAGUUUCAACAACUUCAAUCUCAAUGCCAACAGUGACUUCGUCGGCAGCGACAUUGGUGUCGCCGACAGUGCUGGUGGUGCUGAUAAGAAGAGGAUUAUUCCAAGAUCAUUUGAUAUGAUUGGCGACAUAGCCUAUCUACAUUCCAUUCCAGAAGGAGGCGAUCCUAAAGCCAUCGGAACCGCGAUCAUGAAAAAGAACAAAUCGAUCAAGGUGGUUGUUGCUCGGCAAUCCAACCUUGAGGGCACGGAACGCGCUCCCGGAGAGGAGGGCCUCGCUAUCAUCGCAGGAGCCCAAAGAUCACCAUUGAUCACAUCCCAUACCGAAUUUGGUAUCCGUUGUGUGGUUGAUCUGAACCAUUGUUUCUUUAGUCCCCGAAUGGCUCAAGAGCGGUUGCGUAUAUGUCAGCAGGUCGCUCGCGGGGAAGAUGUUUUGGUUUGUUUUGCCGGAGUGGGCAUGGAAGCGAUUCAGAUUUCGGGACGCACCGAGGCCUCGUCAGUGGUAGCAGUAGAACUCAACGAGGUAGCGGUCGAAUGCGCUCGGCGGGGACACCGGAUGCUUGGAAACAACAAGGCCGUCAAAACCACCGGAGCCGCAGAACGGUUGCAGAUCGUGCAAGGGGAUGUCCUCGAUGUAUUGCCUUCUCUGAAUCGACAAUUCGAUCGAAUUCUGGCCCCACGGCCCAAGGAGGGAAAGUUGGACGGAGAUUUGGGGUCUGGUGACGGUGGAGAAACAUUUUUAAGGGUCUUGUUGCGCCACAUGAAGGACGGAGGCGAAUGCCAUUGGUACGAUUUUGUUGCCGACCACGAGUAUCCAGCGUGCGAACGAACGACGACUCUCAUUGAACGAUUGUGCAAGGAUCAAGGGAUGACAAUGGAAGUAUUGCACGCAGCCCAUGUUGGGAGUGUGGCGAAGCGUCAACUCAGAGUGUGUCUCGAUUUCAAAAUCAAGCGUGUCGCUUGACCUAGAAAUUUCAGAACAAUUAAUAUAGACAAUCUAACGAA